AUUUUAGAAAUCUGGGAUGAUCUUUCUGCAGGAAUAAUUAUUAAAUCAUUUAAAAAGUGUGGUAUUUCAAAUGAAUUGGAUAAGACAGAAGAUGAUUUGUUAUAUGAUUCAGAUAAAGAGAAUAGUGAUUUAGAUAAUAAUAAAGAUUCACUUGAAAAAGUAGAUGAAGAUAGUUUGUUUGCUAAAGAAUUAGAAUUAGAAGAUUAA